AUGACCACAGCAUUUCGGAAAGACUUUGAAAAGUACAGGGACAUGGAUGAUGAUGAGCUGCUUGGGAAUCUCUCUGAAGCUGAUCUAAAACAACUUGAAAAUGUCCUGGAAGAACUUGAUCCAGAGAAUGCACUGCUGCCAGCAGGAUUUCGUCAGAAAGACCAGACGGUGAAGCAUGCCACAGGUCCUUUUGAUAGGGAAGGUCUUUUGGAAUAUUUGGAAAAGGAGGCACUUGCACAGAAGGACCGGAGGACUAUGUGCCAUUUACAGGAGAAAAAAAAGGAAAAAUAUUUGUUCCUAAACAAAAGCCCAAAGAUUUCCAUACAGAGGAGACGUUAUCACUUGAUCCGGAGCUGGAAGAGGCAUUGAGCAGUGCCACAGACACAGAACUGUGUGACCUUGCAGCAAUCCUUGGAAUGCACAAUCUGCUGCCAAAUAACGCCAGCAAUGGUUAUGAUAGUCAAGGAUUUCCAAAUGUGGUGAAAGCAGAGGCACUACUGCCUGUCUUUGAUGAACCUCCAAAUCCCACCAACGUGGAAGAGAGUUUAAAAAGGAUCAAAGACAAUGACCCACGAUUAACCGAAGUUAACCUGAAUAACAUAAAGAAUAUCCCAAUUCCCACCUUAAAGGAAUUUGCAAAGGCUUUGGAAAAAAACACACAAGUUAAAAAAUUCAGUGUUGCAGCAACAAGAAGCAAUGAUCCAGUUGCAGUGGCAUUUGCUGACAUGUUGAAGGUAAACCGAAGUCUGAAGAGUUUAAAUAUUGAAUCCAAUUUUGUCACUGGAACAGGCAUCUUGGCUUUGUUAGAGGCACUAAAAGAAAAUGAAAGUUUACGAGAAAUUAAAAUUGACAAUCAGAGACAACAGCUGGGAACUGAAGUGGAGAUGAAGAUUGCUCAACUGCUGGAGGAAAAUUCAUCGAUUCUUAAAUUUGGAUAUCACUUUACACAGCAAGGUCCACGGACAAGGGCAGCCGCUGCCAUAACAAAGAACAACGAUCUCGUCCGUAAGCGAAGAGUGGAAGGGGACUGCGAGUAA